AUGGGUGGAGCGAAAAAAUCAACGAAGAAAUUCGAGAAGAACCAUCUCAAGGAUAUUCUCGAACGCCGCAAGGAGGGCGCGAAGAUCAAGCAGCGCCACCAACUGAACGAAAAGCGCAAGGCCAAGAGUGCCAGCCGUCGCGAAGCCGAAGAUGCGAACGGGGCGGACCCUGAGGAGGAAAAGCAGAAGAAUGCAUUCAAGGAGAUGAAUGUCGAUGACUUCUUCGCUGGCGGUUUUGACAUCCCAGAAGAAGUCAACGGCAAGAAGAAGGCGAGCAAAAAGGACGUUACCCCCAAGAUCGGCAAGCGCAAGCGCACCACAGAUCAGGCCCAGGGUGACGAGGCUGUUGCCUCUGGCUCCGAGGCCGGCGAGGAUGCUGCCAGUGAUGACGACGCGAACGCCUUCGACGACCACAAGAACGAGCUCGAGGCAUUGAAGGAGAAGGAUCCCGAGUUCUACAAAUAUCUGAAGGAGAACGAUGCGGAGCUGCUCGAUUUCGGUGACCAGGGCGAUCUGUCCGAGGUUGACGAUCUUAGUGAGGGCGAGGCCGAGGAAGAGGGCCCUGCGAAGAAGAAAAAGAAGAAGGUCCAGCAAGAGGAGCCCGAAGACACUUCCGUCACUUUAACGAUCCCAAUGGUCCAAAAGUGGCAGAAAUUGAUGGAAGAGCAACACUCAGUCCGUGCUAUGCGCCAGACUGUUCUUGCUUUCCGUGCGGCGUCCUACGUUCACGAGGCCAACCCCCCGGAGCAGAAAUACGUUAUCUCUGACCCCGAGGUCUACCACCAGGUGCUCGUCACUGCCCUGAAUGUUGUUCCUAGAGUCUUGGGACACCAUCUCCCGGUUAAGGAGACCGCCGCCGGCAAGAUCAAGGUGUCCAUGGACUCUAAGAAGUUCAAGACCCUCACGCCUUUGAUCAAGUCCUAUACCUCUUCAACCCACCAGCUUCUGAUGAACCUGUCCGAUGCAUCGACUCUAAAGCUGACGCUGGCCGCCAUGGAGCCCAUGCUUCCUUAUCUCCUUCAAUUCCGCAAGGUGUUGAAGACCCUCAUCAAGACCAUUGUCGGAAUUUGGUCUGAUGUCGCCAACGCUGAUACCACCCGUAUUACUGCUUUCCUUUUGCUGCGUCGCCUCAUGGUUAUGGGUGACGCGGGUAUCAAGGAGACCGUCCUCAAGUUGACCUACGAGGGUGUGGUCAAGGGAAGCCGCAACACCACUGUGCACACCCUGGCUGGUGUGAACUUGAUGAAGAACUCCGCCGCCGAGAUCUGGGGCAUUGACCAGAACGUGUCUUACACUACUGGCUUCGGGUUCAUCCGCCAAUUGGCCAUGCACUUGCGCAAGAGCAUCACCAACACAACCAAGGAGUCCUACAAGGCCAUCUACAACUGGCAAUACGUGCACUCUCUCGACUUCUGGUCCCGCGUGCUCUCCCAGCACUGCGACGGUCUCGUUGAGGCCAAGAUUGGCAAGCAGUCCGCUCUGCGCCCACUCAUCUACCCCGUUGUUCAGAUCACACUGGGUGCCAUGCGCCUGAUCCCCACAGCACAGUACUUUCCCCUGCGCUUCCAGAUGACCCGUGCCCUGCUGCGUAUUUCUCGUGCCACCGGUACCUACAUUCCUCUUGGAGCCUCGCUCUUGGAGGUCCUCACCUCUGCCGAGAUGCGCAAGUCCCCCAGGUCCAGCACUCUCAAGCCUCUCGAGUUCAACACCGCCAUCCGUGCACCCAAGUCUUACCUGCGCUCGCGUACCUACCAAGACGGUGUCGGAGAGCAGGUCGCCGAGCUCCUGUCCGAGUUCUUCGUCCUGUGGUCCAAGCACAUUGCCUUCCCCGAACUCUCGGUCCCUGUCGUUGUGGCUCUGAAGCGCUGGUUGAAGCAGGUGUCUGCCCGCUCCGGCGGCAACAAGAACGGCAAGAUCAACCAGAUGAUCAUGUUGAUGGUGCAGAAGGUCGAGGCUAAUUCCCGUUGGAUCGAAGAGCGUCGCUUGAAUGUCACCUACACACCGCGCAACCGCACUGAGGUCGAUACCUUCCUGAAGGAUGUCGACUGGGAGUCUACCCCUCUUGGCGCUUUUGUCAAGUCUCAGCGUAAGUUGCGAGAGGAGCGUGCUGCCAUUCUCGAGGAGGGUCGUCUUGAGGAGGAGAAGCGGAGAGCCGAGGCCAAGAGCAAUGGCGACGAAUUGAUGAAUGAAUUCGGCAGCGAUGAUGGCAGUGACGACGGGGAAGGCGAAGAGGAGAUGGAGAGCGAGGUUGAGGAGGAAGAGGAAGACGAGGAUGAGGUGGAGAUGGAGGACGAGUAG